AUGACCUGGGAGAAUCAUGCUGGCUUUUUCUCUGUGACCUCACCUGAAGGAGGGGGUGAGAGGCAGGGGAGGGGGAGUUGGGAUUCCACUGGGGCUCCCUCAGAAGAGACCAUGUUGCUGCCUCUUGCUGUUUCUACUUCAGCUCCCAGCAAAGCACAAACUUAUAAGAAAAAAACUUCUAAGAGGGUAAACUAUGAUCAGUUGGAUGCCUUAUGUAGCAUCAGUGGGCUACAAAACAGGAAGACUCCACACACCACUGAAGAAGCUCAUCAAAAGUUUAUGAAACUUUAUCCCAAAGUAUUCUACCAAGAAAAGACUGUAUUGCCAGGAAUUCCUCCAACACUCUCAAAGAGCCCCAUUCUAAGAUCUGUCAAAGAACAUAACACAGUGUAUGAGAUGAUGAAACUCAUUCCUGACAUCAGGGCUCAGCUUUCUAAUGAAGAACUGAAGGAACUCAGCAUGUGUACCAUCAAGGAAUACUGGGCAAAAGGAAGCACAGUUGUUGGAAAUCAAGGUUUCUAUGCCAUAUUGAAAGGCUCUGCUAGACCUCAAGCAAGGUGUUACAAAAGAAUGCUUGGAGAAGACUUUGAUUCAUCAUGUGUAGCAAUGUCACCUACUAGUCAAGCUACUAUGUUUGGUUUUUCAGGCCGAACAAUGCUUAUCAGAGGAAGUUGUUUUGGGACUCUGGAAACAGCCCCACCAAAACUGCCGCACAUCCUGCUGUCCAUCAUUACAGAAGAAAACUGCGAAAUUCUUAAAAUUUCUUCCACAGAUUAUUUGAGAAUAAAAGAGGAAAUAGCUAAGCGUGAACGAAUUGCCAAGGAAGAAUUAAUUCAUGGCUGUCCAUAUUAUCGCGACUGGCCUUUGCUUUAUGUAUUUCAGUUAAUGUCUCAUUUGAAAUGGAGGCAAUUUCCUGCAGGCUAUGUGCUUUUAAAAGGAGGAGAAAUCAGUACAUUUGUAGGAUUUAUUAAAUCUGGAUACUGUAAUGUUUACAGAGAAACUGAGGCACUUGUGAAAUUACCAUUGGGGAAAAUGGUUAAGCAAACCAGACAGGUUCUUGUGGGUCAGCUCCAUGAGAAACAGUCCUUUGGAGAAGUGAGCAUUCUUCUUCAGACCCCUUUCACAUGUAGAGUCAUAACCGCGACAGAUGUUAAAUUGGGCAUAAUUGAUGCCAGUGCUAUACUAGGUUUGGACAUGGUGAUUCAAAUGCUUCUCCUCCAAACAGCUGAGCCAACAUUUUAUAAUAUCACACAAGAUGAGAUCAACUUUGAAUAUAUAAAUAAAGAGAAACACAAAGAAUGGCAGAGUGUCAAGAACAAGGUGGUGCAGGAUAUAUUGUUUCACAAUGGAAUUAUCCCUGGUUUGGGGAAAUGGACACAUGAGUGGAGUCAUCCGGCCAAGAGGGGGAAAAAAUCGACAGAACAAGCAUCAUUGAAUUGUUGUCUGAGUGACAGCAGUGUAUGA